AUGGACAGGUCAACUCAAUCGAAAUGCCAGCUUGGUUGUGCCAAUUCAGAAUUAUGCAAGGAAAUCGGUAAACUACCUUGCAAAAGCUGCAGAAUGGUGGCUUAUUGCGGUAUCAGCUGUCAACAAUCCCACUGGGAAGAGCACAAGAAGCACUGCAAGAGUCCCCUGGCCGAUCCCAACUGGCGUCCUGCGUGGCAAGUUGAAAGGCGCGUUCCGACGUGGGCUCAAGGACUGGUCGCAGGCGUUUACCCCGAUGCUCUGGAAGGCAAAUAUGAACCCUGGGGCACAGCAUCAGCGAUUGACAUUCUCAACCUAAAACACAACGAAGGCGUAGAUACUACUCGAGAUUUUUCUUUGCUUUUUGCUGGCAAGGCAACCAUCAAUUACCAGCCUUUUGACUCUUCCCGUGAUUUGCGUUAUCUCGUCGCGACACUAGCUUCACUACCAAGUCAGUCUCAUCGACUCUUAAAUAUCACGCUCAACGAUCCAGAGAUCGCCGUCGUUUCGCGAAACUUGAUGCUACUUCUGGUAGCUCUUGAUGCUAGCCAGCCGGCUCAAGACCAAGAUCAAGCAAAUACUUCUAGAGCCAUCGAUACCAUCAUACAUUUCUGGUACUCAGCCUUCUUGACCGACGACAUUAUGCUGUAUCUGGAGGAAAAAAUCCAACCCCUAUUGGAGCAAGUCCGCGACAAAAUUCAUAAUGCAGACUUCGAUACCGUCAUCAAACACACAUGGAACUUUUCCGGAGGCAGCUCCAUCCAGGUGUCCCUCACCGCACAAUGCUGGAAAAGGGUCUUGAGCUCCUUGAGUAUCCCCCCGGGACUCAGUUAUGAUGCUGCAGUAAGGCGGCUGCAAGAGAUAACUCUGGAUGGACGCAAAAGCGAUUACCGAGAUCGUUGCUACUCCAAGAUGCAAAAUCGAUUUUUCCGCGUGGCAAAACAGAGGUUUCGGGAAGAUGGCAUGCUUUUGCCUUUUGGGCAUUCGCGUCUAGAAUUCCGCCGUCCAAAUCCCUCGCUUUUUGUGGAGUCUCGUGGAUUUUAUUACAGUGACCAGGCUGAUCCUCUCGGUGGAUGGAACAUCUUCCUAUCACAAAGAACGCCAUGGGUUGCCUUCAACGACGUGUACGGGAAGCUUUACAGUUUUCUCACAGACGUGAUUGGGUCAUUUCUUUAUAGCCUAGGGAAAAAUCGGAUAGCCUUGUCACUGUUCAAUGUUGACAUUAAAGAACUUUCUCAGCACCUGUGCAACAGAAGGUAUGAUCGAAUAAAGGUCACCAAUGUGUGCGGCAGAGAAGACAUUAAUAUCCUGGAAACAUUUCAACACUUUUCCUCACAUUUGUUAUACCCAGAGCAAAAUCGUCAUGCCACUAUAAUUACGCUCUUCAUCAACGCAGCCAAGGAGUACGGCCAUCUCAGUGGCGAUAUGGAAGAGUGUGUAGGUAUCCAUCCUCUUCUUGUAUGGUACGAUACGUACAAUGCCUUCAUUGCGUCCGGUACAGAGAAUCCUCGGUUUCAAGCACAGAUGAUUGGGACGGAGCUUUAUCCAAAACUUGAAGAGUGGUUUACCAAGUUGAGUUGCCUUCUACAAUUCCAGCAGAAUGCUGAAUUUUCUGGUAUGGCGAUGAAGACACAGAAUACCAUUGUACGCAGGUGGCCAAUGAAACUUCCCGUUCCGAUUCAGGACAAUAUUUCUAUUGAGACCUUUCGCCUUUUCUAUGGCUCUGAGCAUCCACUUCUGGAGCGCUACGUAGAAUGGAGGUGGCGCAGCCCCCCUUCACAGCUUAUCAGGUUUUAUAAUUGA